CUAUGACAUGGUGCAUUAUGGCCACUCCAAUCAGCUUCGGCAGGCCAAGGCCAUGGGAGAUUACCUCAUCGUGGGAGUGCACACAGACAGUGAGAUCGCGAAGCACAAGGGUCCGCCAGUCUUCACUCAGGCAGAAAGGUACAAGAUGGUGCGGGCCAUUAAAUGGGUGGAUGAGGUCGUGCAAGGAGCGCCUUACGUCACCACCCUCGAGACCCUCGACAAGUACAACUGUGACUUCUGUGUGCACGGAGAUGAUAUAACUCUAACAGUGGAUGGUAAGGAUACGUACGAAGAGGUGAAGAAGUCCGGACGCUACAGGGAGUGUAAGAGAACCCAGGGAGUUUCCACUACAGAUCUGGUCGGCAGGAUGCUUCUGAUGACCAAAGCACACCACAGCAACAUUGAUAGUUCAGACUAUCAGAAGCACACGGACAACUUUGGAAAGGGGUCGCAUGCUCAGAGGGGCCACAGUCCCUGGACGGGGGUGUCUCAGUUCCUGCAGACGUCACAGAAGAUCAUCCAGUUUGCCUCAGGCCAGGAGCCUCAGCCUGGGGACACCAUCAUCUAUGUGGCCGGAGCCUUUGACCUCUUCCACAUUGGCCACGUAGAUUGCCUUGAAGCUGUGCAUAAGCUCGCAGACAAGCCCUACAUCAUAGUGGGGUUGCACUUCGAUCAGGAGGUGAAUCGUUACAAAGGGAAAAACUACCCCAUCAUGAAUGUCCACGAGAGAACGCUCAGCGUCCUGGCUUGUCGAUAUGUGUCAGAGGUGGUGAUUGGUGCACCCUUUGCAGUCACAAAAGAUUUGCUGGAACAUUUCAAGGUGGAUCUCGUUUGCCACGGAAAGACAGAAAUAUACCCUGAUAAAGAUGGAUCUGACCCUUAUGCUGAGCCCAGGAGGAUAGGAAUCCUGCGCACGGUCGACAGUGGGAACAUCCUCACCACAGAUGCCAUCGUGCAGAGGAUAAUCAAAAACAGGUUGCUGUUUGAAGCGAGGAACCAGAAGAAGGAGGCCAAAGAAAUCGCUGUGAUCCAGGCCAUGAAGCGGAAAGAGGAGGAGAAGACCAAAGAAAGAGCCCAGGCUGUGGUGUAG